CAGCUGGUCUUGUCAGUCAAAUUUCAAAACAAGAUGGCAGAUAGAGGGAACUGGGUUUUAACACUUUCAGUGUGUAUGGUCUAUUUGCUGGUGGUCCAAGCAGACAUCAUAAAACAUGCUCCUGUGGGCCAGCUGUUUGUCCAUGAGCUAAACCGAGAAGUCUACCAGAAUGAAUUUGAGCCAUUCCUCAAACACUAUGGGCGUGUGUAUAAUGACCCCAUGGUGUUCAAAUGCAACAAGCAGCAGUUCCCAGACCUGCCACGCUGGCUGCGCUUCACACAGCGCCACCCGUAUGACAAUGGCUUCCUGUAUGGCACACCGCUGCCCCAAGACCUGGGCAAGAGCAUCAUUGAGGUUUUUGUGACAAAUAAACGAAGUUAUGAGACUUUCAAAGACCGCCUUGUUAUAAAUGUUGGGCAUGCAGAAAAACUGUUGCCUUACCAGGCUGAAUUCUUCAUUGGGCUGAGGGAGAUUGAGAAGGCCUUACCGUUUGAGGUUCAAGAGGAGAUAAAGCAGGAUAUCCAGCUGAUCUGGGGAACCGAUCGACUCGACUAUGUCAACAUCACCUCUGCUCUGGACCGUGGUGGACGUGUCCCUCUGCCUCUGCCUGGACAUUAUGAGGGGGUGUAUGUGAAGUUGGGGUCAGAUCAACCGUACUCCAAAUGCCUGCAGAGGCUGCAGACAGCAGAUCAUCUGAGGGAGUGUGAGGCCGGAGGGAAGAUCAGUGGAGAUUGCAGUGUGUGCAGCAUCCCUGCUAACUGUGUGACCUGGUGCAAGUCAGCUCUGAUUGAUUUAUCCAGGCCUGUGCCUCCUACUCCGGCACCAACCAUGGGUUCAGGUAUUCUGGCAUGGGGAGGAGAGUUUAUGCCACCUGACUCUCCACCUGAGAGAGACUUCAUCCCUGACUACAUAGUUACCAUUAUUGUGCCCUUCGCUCUCGCCAUCCUCCUCUGCCUCAUUCUAGCUUACGUGAUGUGCUGCAGGAGAGAAGGAGUUCAGAAGCGUGAUGCCAUGACUCCCGAGAUCCAGCUUUACCAUCAUCACACCAUCCAAGGGAACAGCAGUGAGCUGCGGAACAUGGCAGGCAACCGUAGUAGUGCACCACAGCCCCUGUCUACAAUGCCUAUGUUUAACACCCGAACUGGGCAGAGGGCACCUCCAGACUAUCCCUCCGACAGCGUCCACAUCCCCCUCAUCAUGGCCCAGCAGGAGCCUAAUGUUGAUACGCUGCCCAGGAAAUAAAGAUAUGGCUCUUGGGAACCCAAUGAAGGAUCCCGAUUUGCUGGAGAGUUUUUCUCUGCUCACUAUGAUUUUUUUCUGAUGUGCAUUGUGUGUUUCAGCACAUUUUAAUUGGUGUACUGUUUGUGCCACUCUGUUUUGCUGAUAUGGAUAAAGCUGCAGCACCAUGUGGCUUUAAGUGCACCAAUUGAUUGCCUGUUUUAGAAGUGUAAUGCUAACGUUUAAAAUCUGUACUUCAUAUAUUUCUUGUUGUUAGGAAAAUAUCUGAGUAGAAACUGUAAUAUCUAAGUAGAAUGUAAUUUUCUUACAUAUUUAAAUACCAUGAUAAAAACAUGUCCUCCAUCCCACCCAAAUGCUAGCACAUGUGCAAAUGUGUCAGUCCAGUAAAUCAAAUAUUAUUAAGCUAGCUGAAUGUAAACAGUAUAGAUUGCUUAAUUUGAUAGGAAGGCAGUGAGGCCAUGGCAAGAAGAUGACAUGCCGAACAUUCCUUUGACCACUUUAAAACAUGCUUUAUUUCAGCAUCCAAAAUAAUUAAAAACAUCUCGAAAUAUUAUACAUGUACAAAAUAAGUACAGAUCCUCUGUUUGGAACCAUUAAAGUGUCUGGUUGUGGUUUUCUUUCUGUGCCGCCGUAUUUAACUAAAAACAAAUGAAUCAAAACCCAAAAAUAGGAAAAAUGAAAGGUGCGCACUGCAUUUGUAGAGGAAAAAAAAAAAAAGAAAAAUUGACAGUCGGGGGGCCAUGUGCAGACACAAAUAAAGAUUUCCCCAAAGAUUACAGGGAACCUGGGAAUCAAACCGGCAAUCGGUCCACCUACUUCACUCGCCUACAGUAAGUGUCGCAUUCAGCUUUUAUUUUUUUCUUCAGCCAACAAUAUAAUGAGAGAAAAAUUGCAUCACAUUGACAACAAGACUAAAUAGCACCAAACAGGUCCCAAAAGCACAAGAGACAGAAACAAAAAUGAGCAUUUUCUGUUCUUUUUGUUCAAACACAUAUACACCACAGUUAGGACCUGGAGAGGAAAGUAGCACCUUUUCACAAAUGGUAUUCGUGUUUUUACUUUGCUAAUAAGUUUUUUUUGGAGUGGUAAUAACCUGCCUUAGUGUCCCCCAAACACCCAUAGGUAACAUGAUUUGGUUGUCCUGAGGUAGCCAUUACAAGUUUGAGUCUAGAGUCUGCAUAACACAAUGACGGGAUGUUGAUAUCUUUUCCCUUUUGGCUGGAAGAACAAGACACUUAAUUGUCAUUUUUCAGAUUUAUUCAACACCAGAAAAUGGUACAUUAGCACUUGUGUGUUUUUUCAUUGUCCUUCUGCAGUGGCAAAAAAACGGCAAAUAAGUCACUGGUAUUUUCAUGACCUUUUGGGUUGUUUGCUCUUUUUUGGCAUCUUUGGGGGG